CAGAGCUGUUGAGUGUCUGUCUCUCCGUGUAAAAUGGCAGAAGCCAGAAUUUCUCAGGAUGAGUUCUUGUGUGCAGUGUGUCUGGAUCUCCUGAAGGAUCCAGUGACUACUUCCUGUGGACACAGUUACUGUAAGAGCUGUAUUACAGACUGCUGGGAUCAAGAGGAUCAGAAGAGAGUCUACAGCUGUCCUCAGUGCAGACAGACCUUCAGUCCAAGACCUGCUUUAGCUAGAAACACCAUGCUGGCUGAAGUGGUGGAGAAACUGAAGAAGACCAAACUCUCUGAUGACUGUUACGCCGGAGAUGGAGAUGUUCAGUGUGACGUCUGUACUGGAAGAAAAUACAGAGCCGUCAAGUCCUGUCUGGUGUGUCUGAACUCUUACUGUCAGAAUCACCUCGAGCAACGAGGUUGGAAGAAACACAAUCUGACCGAAGCCACUGGACAACUGCAGGAGAUGAUCUGCCAGAAACAUCAGAAGAUCCUUGAGGUUUUCUGUCGCACUGAUCAGAAGUGUAUAUGUGGGCUGUGUAGGAUGGGUGAACAUAAAAACCACGACACUGUAUCAGCUGCAGACCAGAGGACAGAGAAACAGAAAGAGUUAGAAGCGACAGAGAUGUCGUGUCAAAAGCUGAUCCAGGAGCGAGAGAGAGGUCACCGGGAACUCAGAGAAGCUGUGAAGCUGCUUACAAGUUCAGCGCUAGAGACCAUGGAGGACGUCGAGAAGGUCUUCACCGAGCUCAUCUGCUCUCUGGAGAAGAAACGCUCUGAAAUUAAAGAGCAGAUCAGAGUUCAGGAGAAGGCUGAGAUCGAUCGAGCAGAGGAACUUCACGAACAUCUGGAUCAAGAGCUGGCAGAACUCAGAAGAAGACAAAAAAAGAUCAAGGAGCUUCUGACUAGUGAUGACCCAAUCCAGAAUCUGAAGAGCUGCCAGUCUGUGUGUGUUUUACCCACCUUUGAAGGCGGCAUCACUCAACACACUCACCUGUUUUUUAAAGACAUUUCAGUCACAAUGUUUAAGGAGGUUUUGGAGGACGUGUGUCAACAGCAAACUGCCAGAAUAUUCAGAGAAGUGUCAAAUGUCUAUGUCACAAACCCUCCAGAGCCAAAGACCGUGCAUGAUUUUUUGCAAUACAUCUGCGAGCUUCACUUGGAUCUAAACACUGCGCACAGAAACAUCAAACUGUCGCAAGACAACAGGAAAAUAUCAUCUACUUUAAAGGCUCAGCAAUAUCCAGAUCAACCAGAGCGGUUUAAUGAGCGUCCCUAUGUCUUGUCUAGAGACGGUUUGUCUGGUCGCUUUUACUGGGAGGUCAAAUGCACAGGGAACGAAUGGGCUGUUGGAGUUUGUUACAAAGGAAUCAGGCGUAAAGGAAGCACUCUCGACUGCAUACUUGGCUUCAACAAAAUGUCGUGGAGACUGGGUUAUUUUCUGCAGGAAUUCGGUUUUUAUCACGCUCAACAAAAAGUCCCGGUCCCUGUCGCCUCUAGAAUAGGAGUGUAUCUGGAUCACAGAGCAGGGACUCUGGCCUUCUUCAGCGUCUCUGAUACAAUGACUCUCCUUCACAGAGUCCAGACCACUUUCACCGAACCCUUAUACCCUGCGUUUAAGGUAGGAGCCGGUUCAUCUGCCAGGAUCAUAGAGCUGAAAAAAGACCAGUUUUGCACUGCGGACGAAAGCUUGUAUGCGGACACAACUUUUCUUUACGAACGCAUGAGAUUUUUUCUUCAAGGGACUUCCUAGUGAAAUGAAAAUAGCAUGAUAACAGUAAAAAGUUUGCAAUAUGAAGCAGGCUAAUUUUGUACAAGCUAAGUAAAUGGAGCACCAGAAGCCAAGCGCAUUUAAGUUAGAAAUGUAAUAAAAUAAAUAAAAUAGGAAAAGGUGGAUAAAAAAACAACACCAACAAAGAAAUGUAUAACGUAAUUUAACUGAUCUAAUUAAAAAAUGCGAAAGGUCAUGCAGGGUACCGCUUUUCCUACAUUAAAUCUCUUUUAAUAAUAAAAGUUUAUUGUUAUUGGUUAUGCUAAAUCAUUAAUCAUGAUGGAAAUCAGUAUUUGUUAGAUAAGUUUUUUUUUUUUUUUUUAAAUAACAAUGAUUGGUUUCAGAUUUGUGUUAAUAAAUUUCAUUUUAAAUACAAGGUUUGUAUACAAAUAAUGGAUUUUGAUUUAAAUGACGAAAUGUGAUUUUUGGAAUUAAUGUGCCCAUAAUUUUGCUUGCAUUUUUAUCAUUUAGUUUUUAUAUCAUUACAAUCAUUUCUUUACAUUUUAAACAUUUUAAUCAUUUUUUAUUUUUUCAUUAUUUAUCACAACAUGGAGGUCAGUUCAUUUGGACCUCAGCUCAUAGUCUCUCUAUCAUGCUGUUAUUAUGACAUUCCUUCCUAUCAUCCAGUGAUUUACCUAAAUGAUAUAUGUUUUAAGAUCAAUAAUAAUAGUUAAAUGAUGCUCUGUGAUCGAUUGUAUAAAAUAAAUAAAUGAACAAACAUUU